AUGUUUCCAAAACCCAACCAAACAGCUAUUCCAGAAUUCUUCCUCUCUGGGUUCCAACUUCUCCACAGACCCAAAAUCAUUUUCUUCUCUGCUCUCCUUGUGGUCUACAUGAUGACUUUAACUGGAAAUCUUCUGAUUAUAACAGUUGUUUUAGUGACUCGAUUACUUCAUUCUCCAAUGUACUUCUUCCUCAGUCACUUGUCAUUGUGUGAUAUCAUAGUCACUACAACAAUUAUCCCCAAUUUCCUAUAUAUCACCUUAAAAAAUGGUUGUCACAUGACAGUAAGUCAAUGCACUGUCCAGUUCAAUUUCUUUGCUGUGUCCACAACCACAGAAAGUCUUCUUCUCACUGUGAUGUCCUAUGAUAGAUAUGUGGCCGUCUGUAAACCUUUGCAUUAUAUAACAAUAAUGAAUUUCCCAUUUUGCCUUGGGCUUGUGGUGCUGUCUUGGGCAUGGGGCACAUGCAUCAUAAUGAUUAUUACUAUUUUACUAAACAAAUUGCAUUAUUGUUAUUCAACUCAUAUUGAUCAUUUCUUCUGCGAUUUUGCUCCCCUUGUUCAGCUUUCAUGUUCUGAUACUACAGUUGUGCGGACUGUGGUUUUUACAACUGCUAUUGCAGAAUCUGUCAUUGAACCUGUGCUAAUUAUUUCUACGUAUGUUUGUAUCUUUCUCGCUAUACAUAGAAUAUCAUCCACCACUGGGAGACAGAAAGCCUUCUCCACAUGCAGCUCCCACCUCGCUGCUGUUUGCUCUUUUUAUGGGACACUUAUUGCUAUCUAUGCAGUUCCAACUGGAGAACGUUCAUCUGGAAUGAAUAAGAUUGUAUCCCUUAUGUAUACAGUAGUGACGCCUUUGUUGAAUCCAAUGAUAUACAGUCUGAGGAACCGAGAAAUCAAGACAGCCUUUCUAAAGUUAUUGAAAAUGAAAAGUUGCUAA